AUGGCUACUCACUUAGAAUUAGAGAAGCUUAUGGUUAUUGGUGAAAAGCUUGGCCUAAAGAGUGCAGAACUAAAAAAUUUCAUAGAAUCUGAAAGGGUUAGAUUAAAAAUGGAAAGGGAUCAGGAAAGAGAUGAAAGAGCUAAACAAAGAGAAAUUGAUACUCAACAGAAAGAAGCUUAUGCACAGUUUAGGAUAGAAGAAAUAAAAAGUUUAGAAAAACAAUUAGAAAUGCAACUAAAAAUCGAAGAACUUAAAUCAGCUCAAGCAGAGGCUCAGGCCAACGCCCCAGCACAGCCAGGGAAUGUGGGAAAUGCUCACGUCCAUAAGGGUAAAGCUCCAAAAUUACCUCCUUUUAAUCAAGAUAAAGAUGAUGUAGAUGCUGAUCUUAAUAGAUUUGAACGAUAUGCUCAAAUGCAGGGUUGGGAUAAAGCAACUGAUUGGGCUACAAAUCUUGCUGCUUUACUACAAGGUAAUGCAUUGUUUGAAUAUUCUACACUUUCUACAGAAGAUGCUAUGGAUUAUGAUAAGGGACAUUACGCUCGUGACUGUAGACAGAAACAAACUCUUGCUUUCUUAACUGAGGUAGUAAAUAACGUCAUAGAUAAACAUAUCCAGGCUGAUGUGAAAUCAGAAGAAUGUGUAAAGCUACAACCUAAAGAUUGUCCUGACAUAGGCGCAUUCAUGAUGAUAAAACCAGAUCCACAUUUAUAUCAGGCAAGUAAGAAAGGAUUUUUCAUAUUAGAUUGUGGUCAUAAAUUAACUGUUCUUAAUCAAGUUACAGCUGCAUGCAAACAUUAUGAUAGCAGUAUGCCAGUAACACAGGGUAAAAUUGGUAAGCACAUGAUACAAGUCCUUCGUGAUAGUGGAUGCAGUGGUGUAGUUGUUAAAACCAAACAUGUAGAACCAAACCAGAUGACUGGAGAUUUCAAAACCUGCAUUCUCAUUGAUAGUACGAUAGAAUUUGGGAAUACAUUUAAGCAAGUAGUAGUUCCAAAGGCUUACAGAGAACAUGUCUUAAGGAUAGCUCAUGAAUCUAUUCUAGGUGGUCACCAGGGAUCCAAGAAAACCAGGGACAAGGUAAUGAGUAACUUUACAUGGCCUGGAAUGUUAGCCGACGUGACCAGAGUAGCGGUAGAUAUAGUCGGACCCCUUAAGCCAGCAACUGAAAGAGGCCAUCGCUAUAUCUUAGUACUUGUAGACUAUGCUACAAGAUAUCCAGAAGCAGCACCUAUGACUACAAUAGGAGCUGAAGCCGUUGCUGAAGAACUAUUAUCCAUGUAUUCAAGGUUAGGUUUUCCAAAGGAAGUCUUAACUGAUCAAGGAUCUCAAUUCAUUUCAGGUAUAAUGAAAGAGGUAAAUAGAUUACUUUCAAUUCAUAGUAUGACUACAACCCCUUAUCAUGCCAUGUGUAAUGGUCUUUGUGAAAAGUUCAAUGGUAUACUGAAGGCUAUGCUAAAGAAAAUGUGCGAAGAAAAACCUAGGGAUUGGGACCGAUAUAUCGAUCCACUUCUAUUUGCAUAUAGGGAGACCCCUCAAGCUAGUACAGGUUUCUCGCCAUUCGAGUUAUUGUAUGGACGCACAGUGCGCGGUCCUAUGAAAAUUCUGAAAGAAUUAUGGACUGGUGAAACAGAGGUAAGUGAAACCAAGAAUGUUUACCAAUAUGUGUUAGAUUUACAGGAACGUUUAGAACAAACUUGUCAGUUAGCACGAGAAGAACUUCAAAAAUCUAAGCAGAAAUACAAGAUGUAUUAUAACAAGAAGGCACGAACUAGAGAUAUGAAAGUAGGAGAUGAAGUCCUCCUUCUUUUACCCACGGAUAACAAUAAGUUAUUGAUGCACUGGAAAGGACCGUUUCCUAUUAAAGAAAAGAAAUAUCAUAGAAGAGAGACUACAGCAUCGAUGAUGGACCCAAAUAAACGGGGUGUUUAUGAGAUCGUAUGUACUUCGGUUCUUGAAGAUAAACCACAUCAAGAAGUAGGUAAAUAUGAACUUCAAUCUUUCCAUACAGACAAACUUAUACAUCUUCCUCCUAUGGUUCAGAAUGAACACAUUUCUGACGUUAAAAUUGACCCACGGCUUAACAAAACGAAAACUCAUCAGGUAAAGCAAAUACUACUGCAGUAUAAGGAUACUCUUACAGAUAUCCCAGGUAAGACAACGUUAGGAAAACAUGUAAUCAAAUUGACUGACACUAAACCAAUUAAAAGUAAACCCUAUCCAAUACCCCAUGCACUUCGGGAAGACAUUCGUAAAGAAGUUCAGAGCAUGCUUAGGAUGGGAAUAAUAUCUCAUAGUAAUAGUCCUUAUGCAUGUCCAUUAGUGGCAGUUAAGAAACCCGAUGGUUCUUUAAGAGCAUGUUGUGACAUAAGGAAAAUUAAUUCCAUAACAAUAUUUGAUGCUGAACCUGUACCUGAUCAGGAUGAAAUAUUCUCUCAAUUAUCUGAAGAUCGUUAUUUCAGCAAAAUUGACCUUAGCAAGGGAUACUGGCAGAUUCCAAUGUCAAAAGAAUCUAAACCUAUAACAGCUUUCGUCACUCAUGAUGGUUUGUACGAGUUUAAUAUGAUGCUGUUCGGCCUGGUAAACUCAGGUGCCACAUUUAGCAGAGUAAUGAGGAAACUUUUAAAAGGUAUACCUAACGUACAUAACUACAUAGAUGACAUACUCAUUCAUACUAAAACAUGGGAAGAUCAUCUACAGAAAAUUAAGGUAGUGUUUGAUAGACUAAAAGGUGCUAAAUUAACAGCUAGGCCUACUAAAUGUUUCAUUGGUUAUGAAGAAGUUGAAUUUUUAGGACACAUAAUUGGACAAGGUCUAGUACGACCAAAACCUGAUAAAUUAAAAGCUAUUGAGCAAGCAGAAAGACCAAUCACAAAAACACAGGUAAGAUCUUUUCUCGGUUUAGCAGGAUAUUACAGAAAGUUUAUACCCCAGUUUGCAGACAUAGCUGCACCAUUAACAAACUGUACAAAGAAAGGAGAACCAAAUGUAAUUAGAUGGGAUGAAGCUCAGGAUCAAUCGUUUCAGAUGUUGAAAGGUAUGUUAUCGAGAUCCCCUGUACUUCAACUACCUGACCUCAAUAAAGAAUUCACGUUACGAACUGAUGCAUCUGAUACAGGCGUAGGUGCAGUACUUCUACAAGAAAUUGCAGGGGAAAAGUUCCCAGUAGCUUAUGCAAGUAAAAAAUUGAAUAAAUGUCAACAGAAAUAUUCAGUAAUGGAACGAGAGUGCUUAGCGGUAGUAUGGGCCUGUCUCUUAUACACAUCUAGAUGUGUAUAA